CCAACAGAUGCAUUGCCAAAUGCCAAGGUCGUUGCACUUCCCAUAAAUUAUGUAUCGUAUUAUACACUGCGCACUCGCACACCCGAUAAGGGGGGCGGGGCAGCCUGACUUUUGUUUCGUGGGCCAGUAGCAUAGAACAUCAUGAAAAAGGCAGGUCCUCCUAGGCAGGGCGGACGUGGGGGGAAAAAGACAACUACUGCAACUGCAGCUAAAAAGGGAGCAGGAUCUCAUACGCAGAAAGGCAAGGUGCUUCCAGCUGUGGUGAAAAAAAGAAGUUCAGAAACUACCAGUCUGGACAAAGAAAGAUGAAAUGGCGCGGAAAAUCCAAACAUACUUUAGAGGCUACCGCUGCCGACAACUAUUACGUAGCAUGCAGCAAAAGAAAGCUGACUAUGAUGCAGUGAUGGACAAACUGCAGAGAGAAGCCUAUGUACAAAUGGUUCGGAUGGAACAGCAGCGUGCCGAAGCUGAGAGAAAACGUGAAGAGGAGGAGAGAAAAAAGCAGAAAGAACAAGCCAGGAGAAGGGCGCGCAUUUUGGAAGCUGCUUUUGAUGGCAAUAUGGUGGAAAUACACGCUAUAUUAGAAGAGGUACAGCAACUGUGCAAAGAUCAAGGUGAGGAUGUGGCUGUAAGAAACAAGCACAUGCUCGUGGAGUGCAGUGAUGCCAAUGGCAACACCCCACUGUCUGAGGCUGCGGCUGGAGGGGACCCUGACACCAUCAAUUUCCUUCUCUCGCUGGAGGCAAACCCAAACAAGAAAGGACAGUAUGGUCGCACACCGCUUUAUCGAGCUGCUUUUGCCGGCCAUGCUGAAGCAGUAAAGAUUCUUCUCAAGAGUGGAGCAGACCCAAGAAUCACAGCUGAUGACGGGGAGAGACCUGAUCAGGUGUCUUCUAAUCCUGAAGUUGAGGAUAUAUUUAAAGAAUGGAAACCAGAAGACACUGAUCAUUUGCUGAAGAGGUUGGAUGGUGCUGAUAAGAAGAGAAAGGAGGCACAGAACAAGCUGUUUGAAACGAUUGAAAGCAAGCUAAGGAAGCUGGCUGAUGAUGCUGAAAAGGAAUAUUCUGCCAAACAAAGAGAGUUACGCAAGGCCCACGAAGAGUUAAACAAGAGGAUCUUUGAACAUGACAGAAAUAUGGCAGCUGAAGCUGUCAAGACAGACAUCACACUGGCUAUUGUACAUGAUGCUGAAGAACUAUUGGAGUCUGCAAGAAUAGCUGCAGAGCAAGCUAGAAAAAGGCUCAAUGAUGCAAGACUCCAGUUAAGGUUGAAGAGAAAGGAAUUUAAGAAUGGUAUGGUGUUAGUUUGUCAACCCUCUACCAUUUGACAUUCACUUUCUAAUUACUGUAUAUUAUAAAACUAUGCAGAUGGUGAAAAUUAUGAGGAAAGCAACGAUGACUUUUCUGAUGUCAGCAUUAACAUCCGAGAACUUGAUGAUGUACUAAUGAAAGAUGUUGGCAACAAAAUAGCAGGGAGUGGCAAGUGGCCACUGCUCAUUGAUGCUGGAAAACAGGCUGCAACCUUCUUACGUUAUCGAGACACAAACUAUAUUAACUGCUGCAAUCCUCGGCAGAUGGAGCCAGAAGCCAUCCGACUGUCUUUGCUCGGUGCCAUCAAGUAUGGGAAGUUUCUGGUCCUGGACGUUAUGGAUGUUGAAGGGUUAUGGGAGGGGGUAGAGCAGAGAAUGAACCUAGUGCAGAAAGAUCUUCUACAGAAUCUCAUGAACAUGUCCCUUAUUAAAGAGAACAAAUUUCAGGGUCUCUGCAAAGACUCAGAUGGAGAUGAAUACUCACCCAAAGCUUUACUGAGUGCUAGAGUGCAUGAAUUCAAGCUUGUAGUUCUGACUCAGCUGGAUUUCCUUCCGAAGGAUUUUACUGAGCAAUUCUAUGUCAUCAAGGUUCACGCUUCUCAGCCUGUGUAACACAUCAUGCACUCCUAUUUAACUUCUUGUUGUCUCAUAUUAUUUUGUUA